UUGUAAAACACGAAGCCCCCCCACACAUCCCAAAACACACAAAUCGAAUGUAACAAAAUGCUGCUACAAUUCGCUGUGAGGUUCAUUUGUUGUGAGUUGAAAAAGCUGAAAACGAACUUAACCAUGUUUUUAAUAUUCUUCUGGAUUAUAUGGUUCUCGCAAAUAAUAGCCAUAUCAACGGUGUUCAUGAGCUUUCCAGAGAUCAUAACGGAGCUGCCAACUGUCACAGUUACGGAGCUGCCUCUGGAUCGUAUCAAGAAUCGUCUGGAGUCUGUUAUUCUCGAGGAGAUACAGUCGCCGACGAGCAACAAGAGCGAGGAGCAACAACAGCAGCAGCAGCAACAGCAGCAGGAGCAGGAGGAGCAACCGUUGCUGCCCCUGUUUGAAGCUGCCAAGGAAGUGCCUCAGAAGGAUGAACAAAUGCCGAAAAUCAAUGAUCCCGGGGGAGGCGUCGACCUGGAUGGAUUGCUUGCUUCAGCAGAGGCUGUAGGCGCCCCAGGAGACGAUGGCACUGGUAAUGUGACCAGCGAUGAGCAGCAGACUGGCGGAGCAGCAGCGGGAGCGGGAGAGGGAGAGGGAACUGCAAACGACACCGAGGCCAAGGCGAAUCUCACAAAAGCCAAUGAAGAGGUGCCCAUGCCGGUGUUCUCCGAGUGGGCGCAGAAACAGAUGGAGGCCGAGGCCAGUCGCGAGCAGGCCAUGGAGCUGGAACAGCAGGUGGCCAAUAACUCGGCCCAGCGGAGGAACAACACCGGAUCGGCGAGUGGGAAGCCAUCGACGCUGAAGCUGCGCUCCAAGAACUACGCCUCGCCCGACUGUGGGGCCAAGAUCAUUGCCUCGAACGGAGACGCCACCAACACGGGGGCCGUGCUGACCCACUCGAGCGACGAGUACAUGCUGAGCACGUGCGGCAGUCGCAUCUGGUUCGUGGUGGAGCUGUGCGAGGCCAUCCAGGCCCAAAAGGUGGAGCUGGCCAACUUCGAGCUGUUCAGCUCGUCGCCCAAGAACUUUACGGUGGCCGUUUCGAAGCGGUUUCCCACCCGCGACUGGAGCAAUGUGGGUCGCUUUGCGGCCGAGGACAAGCGCACGGUGCAGACGUUCGAGCUGCAUCCGCAUUUGUUUGGGAAGUUCGUGCGCGUGGACAUCCAUUCGCACUACUCCAAGGAGCAUUUCUGCCCGGUUUCCCUGUUCCGGGUGUUCGGCACCUCCGAGUUUGAGGCCUUCGAGACGGAGAUUCGGCCCAGCGACGAGCUGGACGACUUUGACGAUGACUUUGGUGGCGGCGGCCAGGAGCAGGGCAGCAGCCACAAGGCCACAGCCGGCGGCGGUGGUGGUGGCAUCUUUCAAAGCGCCUCCGAUGCGGUCAUCCAGAUGGUCAAGAAAGCCGGCGAGGUGCUGCUGAAACCCACAAAGGCCUUGAAAUGGUCACCAGAGUCGUUGCUCUGCAGAACACCCGCCCUCGGGGCAUUCAGCUGCUCCAGCUGCAACAGUACGCUGGUCGAGAGGAUCAACAGUCUGCUCUCGUGCCAGUUCCAGCAGCUGCAGGGCCUCCUCAAUCACAGCCAGCUGAGGUCCGAUCUUCUGCAGAGCCGCGUGUGCCUGGAGGAGUACGGCAUCAGUCUGAGGGGCAACCCAUCUGCCAGCGGGCUGGCCAAGCGUCAGAGCUACUUUCUGAGUAUGCUGCCGGCAGAGCAUGUGGGUGCCAUGUGCAAGCUGCUGCAAGCAGAGCAGAACAUCACAGUGGAGCAGCAGCAGAUGGAGGCCCCGCAACUGAAGCCGCCCCCAGAACAAGAGCAGGAGAAUGCCACAGCGGCAGGAGAGGCCAGCAGCCAGCAGGAGGUGAUUCGGGAAGAACUACAAGAAUCCCCGCCAAGCGGGGAAAUCAUGACGCCCGAGGCUGUGGCCAGCCAAGAGAUGCCUUCAAUCCGUGAGAAACCAGAUCCUUCAACGACCUCAACAGCCUCCACAACAAACUCCACUCCCGCAGAUGUGAAUAUCUUCAAUGUGUCCGACGAACUGGAGGAUCUGGAAGUGCCUGUGGCGGCCCCACAGCCAACUGUCGCCGCUCCUGUCGCACCCAAUUUGGUGGAGUCGCCCAGCGACUGGGAGACCUCUACCCUGGCACCCAGUUCCAGCGAAAUGCCGCUGGCCAAUGCAGAGCUGGCCAUCGAGGACGGCAGUCCCGCCAGCUGGGAAAGCUUGGACAAUCUGCUGACCACCACAGUGGCCUCCAUAACCGCAGGAGGCAGUGCAGCCGUCGCCACUGCAGCAGCCAUUGCGGGGAAUGCAAAUGGCAACAAUUUGGGCGGAGGCGGAGCUGGUGCUGGUGCUGGAGUUGGAGCUGGAGCAGGAGCAGGAGGCAUCGGAUCCAAUGUGAAUCUGCAACAGAAGCUAACAAAUGGCGCGCAGUCGGAGAGCGUCUUUAUACGCCUCUCCAAUCGCAUCAAGGCGCUCGAAAGGAACAUGUCGCUGUCCGGGCAGUAUCUGGAGGAGCUCUCGCGCCGCUACAAGAAGCAGGUGGAGGAGCUGCAGCAGACGCUUACGCAACAGACGCUGACGGUGCGCUCGCUGGAGGACCAGAGCAGGCGGUACAUCGAGCAGGAGCAGCUCUACCAGCAGCAGAGCGCCGAGCUGGCCGGCGAGGUGCGUGCCCUGAGCUAUCAGGUGCAGGCCUGCAUUCUGGUCAUCAUCAUUGUGGGCACGUGCAUCUUCCUGAUGCUCGUCCUGGGCACUGUCUACUACCGCAAGCUGCGCCGCCAGACGCAGCAGCUCAAGGAGGAGCAGCCGUCCAGCCAUGCUAAGGUGCCCAAGCCGAAGCUGGAUCGCCGCAAAUCCUACGAACAGAUGCUCAACCAGUCCACGCCCAAGCAGCGGAGACCCAGCGAGGAGGCGAUGCUCAUACUGAAGGACUGUGGCGAUAGUCAGCUGGUGGGGGGCUGCCAGGAUCUGUCCAGCAGGCAGCGAAAGAUAUCCGUGUGCUAUGGCAGCAACAACAACAUUGCGGCCAAUAUGAUGACUGGGAACCCCAAUCUACGAGCCUCGCUGCACCGCCGAAAGGGAGCGAAACAUUCGUGGCACAACAGCCUGGACACGGCGGCGACGACAUCCUGUGCCGCCGAGCAGCUGGACACGUUCUUCGAUGCGGAUACCCUGAAGAGCCAGAAGCAGCAGCCAUCGUCGUCGGCGGGAAGCAAGGCCGGCAGAAAGAAGUCCCUGCAGCAGCAGUUAGCCCUCAAGCGACAGGAGUCAGCGCCGGCCAGCAUGAUGCAGAAUGAGCUGGCCGAGGAGGAGCAGAGCGAUUUCGAUGAGAGUCUGAUGCUGGACGACGAUGAUUUGGCCAACUUUAUACCCACCAGCGAUCUGGCCUACAACGAGUUUAUGCCAGAGGGUCCCUCCGGAUAUCUCGUACUGGACGCGGUUGAUGGAGCACAGAAACCGCCGGAGCAGCCCCAGAAGCAGGCAACAAAGAAGUCGUCGCGACGCCUCUCGUCGCCGGGCUUCUUCAAGUCGCCGUUCAGCAAAAGCAAGAACAAGGGUGGGAACUACAAUGGUUUUGGCGGGAUCAAGAACAGCCAUUCGGUGCACGAGUCCACCUCCUGGGAAUGGUAUCGCCUGAAGCGCAACGAGAAGCAGCAACAGCAGCCGAAUCACCAUUCAAAGCAGACCAAGAGCCUGCCCAACUCCAGUCUGGACAGUUCCUCCCUGUCGGAGGUGAAUUUCUCACUCAAUUCGAACUCCAACUCGACACAAAACUCAUUUCGCAUACUCGGCGAGGCCAUACGCUCCUCGGGGGAGAGCAGCAUUACCCCCAAUGGCAAUGGCAAUGGCAGCAGCUGCAGUGCCAGCGGCAGUGGCAGCAACAGCGGCGGCAGCACCACCUCCUCCACCGCGAAGAAGAAACAGCGCGCCUUCAAUAAUAUCUUUCGCAAAGUCUUUUGAUUUAUUUUUUAUUUUUAUAAGUCCCAGUGAGUUUUUUAUUGCCACUAGACCCUGCCCCCUUUUCAAUUGUGUUCACCAAGAUGUUCCCACGAAGAGAGCCAGAAAAUGGUUGAAGUAAUUGUUUGUAAAAAAUAUAUUUUUUUAUGGCCCUAAUUCCAUUUAAGAA